GGUCUUGCUGCUGUCCAUUGGUCAUUGCAGAAAAGUCACAUGAUGAAGAUGCCUUUUAAAUAAAGGUACUGGCAGCACUGCAUUCCCUAAGUUCCUUUGGCUUUUGGUUGUGAGUGCCUCUGCUCAGCAAGCUUUCCAUCAUGAUUGAGCCCUUCUUGGGAACCUGGAAGAUGAUCUCCAGUGAAAACUUUGAGGAAUACAUGAAACAAUUGGGGAUGAGCACAGCAGCCCGGAACCUGGCGGGGUUAGCAAAGCCAAGAAUCAGUAUAAGUGCCAAUGGGGAUGAAGUGAACAUCAAAACAGAAAGUUCCUUCAAGAACACUGAGAUCUCCUUCAAACUGGGGGAAGAGUUUGAUGAAACCACAGCGGACAACAGACAAGUAAAGAGCAUCAUAACAUUAAACAAUGGUGCAAUGAUUCAUGUCCAAAAAUGGCUUGGCAAAGAGACAACAAUCAAAAGACAAAUUGUAGAUGGAAAAAUGGUAGUGGAAUAUAUCAUGAAUAAAACUGUCAGCACUCGAAUUUAUGAAAAGGUAUGA